AGCCCAACAACAGCUGCCCACGGCCCAAGACGAUAAACCUUACAGUCCCUCUCAAAGCUAAAACCACCACCACCGCCGCCGCCUCCUUGCCGUCGCCGCUGCUGCCUCUUUCGCCUCAACCACAGACAAUCUUCCACAAUGAACAAUAAGCUAUAACUCUAACGAACUUUAUAUUUCUCACUUCACUGAAGUUCCUAUUUCUUUCCCUAAAAUGUCUUUGCUGGAAGUGAUAACAAAAGCUUCGUCUUUAAUCGCAACUCGACCCGAUGAAGAAACCGAUUACCCGAUUGUUCUCAACCCGGAGCCUAUUCUCCUCAAUCUGAAGCCCGAGUACGAUGUCCCGCAAGCUCUGAACUCUGUGAAAAAGGUUACUGGUUGGGAAAUAUCGCAAACAGAUAAUGGGCUUAUUGAAUUAGGGCACAAAUUUUUUGAAGAGCUGAGGAGGAAACUGAAAAACACGAAUUCCUUCGGUAAAGCCAAGUUCGUGGAAACGGUAACUUCGCAUUUGGAGAGUAUCGCAAAUAAAAUUGGGGUUUCAACUGCUGCUGAAAAAACAGAAGGUGCGUAUGUCUGUAAAUUAGUAGAGAAAUUGGGGGUUUUGAUGUGUAGGGGUGUUAAGGGCUUGAUUUUGGAGGGCUGCAUUAGUUUGGAGGGUUGGGAUGUGCUGGAGAGUUUAAUAGUUAAUGGGGUUGUUGAACAUGCUUCUACGUCGAGCUUGGUUCAAAAGUUGAUCGAGAAAAGGAGAUCGGAUUUGGUUGUUUUGUGCUUGAAACACUUGUUUGACCUGCAGGCUUAUGAAUUGAUGUGCAUUUUGAAGUAUUUCUUGAUGCUUCCAAGUGAUGGGUAUAGAAGCUUGUCAAGUGUGAGAGAGGUUUGGGAGAGGCAAGCAUCGUUGGCGAUUGAGAAAGUUAGCGCUAAGGGUGUUGGCGGGAAAGAGAAGAGCUUGGCGGUCUUGAUCAUGUUGGGGCAUGAUGGAUUCUCGGUGUCUGAGCUGUGCUUGCAUUAUUUUAUCGCAUCUGCAAAUCUUGAUGAGGUUAUAUUCGCCGCUUGUGUGAGUAAGUUGAAUGGUGAGGAGUUGAAGGUUUUGAUACAGUACUUUGGGAAGUGGCUGAGGAAGUAUGAGAGGUUUCCUCAAGCUGGUCCUUGUCCUAAGGGAUCAUCUGCAUUGGGUUUGGAGAUUUGUAGCUGGAUUCCAAGUCUUGAAAACGUUGUCAAAUAUUUUGGUGUUGUUGUGGACCAGCAUUUUUCGUCUUUGGUUUUGCAUUCUGAAUUCCAUGAGCUGAGAUCCUUAGAAGAAGUUGUUAAUUCCUUAGCUGUUGAGGCGAGGCUCAGUGGUGGUUUGGCAAAUUUGAGUGAGAGGUUGAGAAUCGAGCGCCAAGCAUACCACAAGGAUUCUUUGGGGAAAUUUGCAUUUUGAAGACAUUUCAGACAUUGAUUAUUUGGAGAAUUUUGCAUUUGGAAGGCAUUGCAGGCAAUGAUUCAUGGGGAAUACGCAUUUUGAAGACAUUUGAGAGAGAUUUUGAUUUUCCAUUGCAUGGAGUUGGAGCAAUCCUUUGCCUCACCCUCUUGGAAGAAGAUUUUAAUUCCUCGAAUCAUAAGGAUCUCCCCUUAUUUUUUUAUUUUAUUUUUUUAUAGUAUUAAUCAAAUUAGUUAGAAAAAGCUUAUAGCAAUUGAUACUAUUAUACUGAGAAAUCAUAAUCCCCAAUCACAUUAUCUUC